AUGACUGUUAUCUCACAGGAUCCAGUUUCGAGUAUCCCCUCUUCAGUCGCAGGUACAUCUGUUUUUAGGGAAUCGCCAGCAUAUUUCAAAAUACAACCGGCAACAACAUCUUCUUCUACUAUUUUACCAAGAGUCAAAACUUCAAAAGAAUGGGUUUUACCACCAAGACCAAAACCAGGACGCAAAUUGAAGGAACUGAAUAACAAUACGGGUAGCAGUAAUUGCAGUGGUGCCGCCACCACCGCCACUACUGCCAUUACGCGCCCAAAAAAGACAAAGGUCAAAAAGAAAUGUUGUCAAAAUGAACCAUUGGACAAUGCAAGCAAUCUUCUGGAUACAACUACUAUCCCUCAAUUGUUGAAAAAUAUCUCCAUUAUUGAUAGUGAAAACAAUUUGCUAAAAUCCAAUAUGUUGUGUUUAAUUCAUGAGUACAAACAUUUGAAGAAAUGCGUAUUAGACCAUACUACUACUAGUAGUACUGCUAAUAGUAAUGUUACUAAUGCCUCUAACACCACCACCACUCCCACAGCGGAGUUAAGCCCAACCGCAAACAAUAGUAUCUCCAGUAAAACUGAAACAAAUGCAAAUUUACUGGAUACAAGCAUUCCAUAUACUCAAGUUCACAAACGAUCCUUUAAUGAAAUUCUCAUGACAUUGGAAGAAGAGGAAAAGAAGGAAAAGAAUGAAAUGAAUAAAGAGAAGAAGAACUUGAAUGAGGCAAGAGAGAUUGUAGAAUUUUCACCUUAUAUCUUUGGUCUGGACUCAAUAAGUUCUAUAAAUUCUUCAGCUCUUAGCACAACUAUGAGUUCGCCAUUGAUGCAGAAUAAUGAAUUUGAUGAGUUUAUAAAGAUUGACGAAAUUGAUGAAGAUAAAGGAGAAAAAGAUAAUGAAAAAGAAGAUGAUGAUGAAGAAGAAGAAGAUGAUGAUGAAGAGGAAAACCCGGAUCAUGCAAGAGAUUUAAUGACUCUUAAAAAAUGCAAAACAAACAAUGAAGUGGAAAACCCAGGUGCAUCUACUAAAUUUUACACUAAUAGUUUAGACUUUGAAGAUUCAGAUAUGGAAAUGGAAAUUUUUGAAGAUGGAAGUAACCAUAGAGAAAGUGUUGAUAGAAGUGAAGGGGAUAAUUUAAGUCCUACUUUGGAAUUAUCAAGAACUACAAGUCCAUACAUGUCUGAUUACGAUUGUAAUCUGUUGAUGAGCACAUUGACCAGAAGUACAACAGUUAGUUCUGUUGGCACCGUUGUUGAAAAAUUCGGUCAUCAUCAUCAUAACAACCAUACCAAUUUGCAACAGCAGCAGCAACAACAACAACAACACAACCAUCAUCUCACUACUGCUGCUGCUGCUUCUACUACUACUACUACUCCUCCUCCUCCUACUACUACUAACACUCUUGCUACAACCGGGGCUAAUUUAUGCGCGGGCGGAUUUCCUAUGCAAGCUACAAUUUCUUCUACAUCUUCAUCAAUACUGGCAUCGCCAAUGAUUCACAAACACCCACCACCACUUCUGCUUAAAAAAAUGGGAGCUUUUUUUGAUCUUCCUAAAUAUAAGGAAGUGGAUAAAUCAAUUGAAUCUUCCCCUUACAAGUUCAAAUUUGAUGACUGUAUGGAAGAGAAAGAGGAUAAGAGGGAUGAAAUGAAGAGACAUGACGAUGAGUAUAAUAUGGUUACUGAUAUUUUGGAGGAAAAGUUGUUGAAUAAUCAUUUACAUUACUAUCUGGAUAAAGAGGAGGAGGCACAAAUGCCACUUUUACACCAACAACUGCCGCUGUUGCUGCAACAGCUGCAACAACAGGUGCAAGUGCCAGAGUAUGGAUGCACUGGUUCCUUCUUAUUUUGA